UAACUUUAUUCAGACCAAGAUCAUUUCCAGAUUAUUUGACCGCUCUCUCGUUAACUUUGAUUCAUCUGUUCUUUCCUGAUCUUGCUCCGUUUGUCUGUUGAAUAAUUUAUUAUCUCAUUUCUCUUCUUCACCUUCCCACGGGAAAAAAGAAAUUUCAGGAAAGAAAUACUUGCUUGCUCUGCAGUCGGCGAGAUCUGUUUCUCCCUUAAAAUUUGAGAGUGAAACUGAGGAAAAAUCCAUGCUCCGUUUCGGGUACAAUGCGUUUGAAGAAUGCAAUUUUGGAGCUGCGUUCCUGGAUAUAAGAUUUCACAAAACAUUUGUUAUGUGUGCAAGAAAGUGGAGCCACAGCAAUGAUUUGUACUUGGAAUCUGAGAAUGUUGUGAAGAAGGUGAGUCUUCCAUCUUUCUUAUCUUGCAUUGAAGAUAACGUUCACAAAUAUGAGGAGGACUUUCAGUACUCGUUUUGCCAUGAUAUAUCAGCAUUUGAUGGCAGUGGCCUAGGUCGUGUUCCCUAUGAAGUGUUUUCUGAGUUUUUGAAACAGAUCAAAUCAUUUAAGCAAGAAAUCAUCCAAGUUUACUUUACUUUGCCAAGCAGCAGAUCAUUGGAAUCAAAUUCUUGCAUGCCAGUUGAUGAACUAAUCGAAUUUAUAGACCUCAUUCUAGAAAAUCUAGCGGAUUUAACAACUGUCUAUUUGGGUAUUAUUGAUGAUAUGGAUCCCCAAGUUAGUGCUCAAUUCCAAGCCCUUGAAGCAAAGCUAACAUUCUUGAAAAACUUCAUUCCCUUUGCCAAAUUGCGAGGAACUGCAGAUAUUCCUGCCUUGCUAUUGGCUCACUUUGAAGUGGUGACUUUGAACGCAGCACACCUCUUUUACAUGUGCUCUGUUUGGGAUGGUAAGGAGCGGCACAAUCCUGAGUUCUGCUCCAUGAUAUAUGAGCAACAACAGAAAAUCACACCUAUUGAUUUUCAAGUCUAUGAGAUUUAUAUGGAAGUUCUUAGAGCUACAAGAUCCUCAAAAUCAUUGCAUAAUAGAAUGAUGGAUAAGCAGAUAUUGAAAAACUUCAAUGAUUCUCUCAUAAGUUGUCUCUGGCAGCUGUUAUGCUGCAGCUCUAGCUUUAUGGAUUCUUUGAAAGAUGAAAUGCGAAUACUCUAUGCAGGACUGAGGUUCUUGAGAAGCAUUUUAAGGGAGCAGCAGGAGAAGAUGGAUGAACAAAACGAAAAAAUUGGUGCUCUUCUUUGUGAGGCAGGCAUUAUAAUUUGCUUGCCUUCUCUAAACAGAGUGAAGGAAGGAGAAGUUAGCUUCUCAGAAAGAACAGAGGCCCUUGACUGUUAUGAUAUGCUGGCUAAUACCAACAUCCAUAUCAAGCAUUUUAAGGAUCAGAUCAGUGGCUCAAGCAUUAUUGAAAGUCUUCCUUCCUUUCACAGCUUAAGAGCACCAGAAGUUAGCAAGACUUCCAGCCACAUUCUAUCAAAAGGUAAAAUGCCAAUAGCCCACGAAGUCAUGGUUGGUCUCGAUGACGAGGCAGCAAAAGUAAUUGAACGACUUAUAUGGGGACCAGAACAGGUGGAAAUUGUUCCUAUUGUGGGAAUGGCUGGGCUUGGUAAGACAACUUUAGCCAAAAAAGUUUACAAUGACAGUUCAGUAAUCUGUAACUUCCACAUUCGUCUUUGGUGCACUGUUUCUCAAGAAUUUAACAUGAAAAGCUUGUUAAUACAAAUUUUGUGUUCUGAUGGAAAACGGUCAAGGAUGGACAAAGAGCUUAAAAACUUGAAUGAACAUGAAUUGCUUCACAAGCUCUAUCAAAGGCUGAAGACGAAGAGGUAUCUUGUUGUUUUUGAUGAUGUCUGGGACAUUAAGGUAUGGAAUGAGCUGAGAAUUUCAUUCCCCGAUGAAAAGAAAGGAAGUAGAAUCAUCUUCACGAGUCGAUCUUCUUAUGUGGCUUCACAGGUUGAAUAUGGCGGGAAACCUCACAAUCUUCGUCCACUCAGUGAGAAAGAAAGUUUUGAAUUACUGCUGAAGAAGGUAUUUAGAAAAGAAGAUUGUCCUCAAGCAUUGUGUGGAAUUGCUACGAAGAUUGCCAAGAAGUGCAGGGGAUUGCCACUAGUAGUUGUUGUUGUUGCUGGAGUUCUGGCAACUAUAGGGCAUGAUAGUUUGGUUUGGGAAGAAUUUGCUGAAAGUUUAACUUCAACCAUGGUGUCUGGUACAGACCAGUGCAAGAAGUCAUUGGAGCUCAGUUAUGAGCAUUUACCGUAUCACUUGAAGGCAUGCUUGCUGUAUUUUGCUGCAUUUCGAGAAGAUGAAAAAAUUGGUGCCAAGAAUUUGAUGCGUCUAUGGAUUGCAGAAGGGUUUGUGGAAAAAAUUGAAGGAAAAAGAUCGGAGGUCAUUGCAGAAGAAUAUCUGAUGGACCUAAUUGGUCGAAACUUAGUUAUGGUAAGUAAAAGCAGAUCCAUUGGUGGAGUCAAAACUUGUUACAUUCACGAUUUGAUUUUUGAGUUCUGUAAGGGCGAGGCUAAAGAAAAGAAAUUUCUUCAGGUCCUGCGAGGAUAUGAUGAGCUCUCUACCUUUAAUGAGCCUCCCAACCUACCUCGGUUGUCCAUUUGCUCCAGUGGAGAAGAUUUUAUAAGGUCAAAGCUAUUUUGUCCAUAUUUAGGUACUCUGCUAUUCUUUGAUGCUACUCCAGGAGAUAAGUUUGAGUUGCGUAACAUCUCCUUCCUUUUUUGCAUCUACAAACAACUUAAAGUUUUGAAUUUAGAGGGCAUUAUGCUAAGGCUGAAGGAGCUUCCAGCUGAAGUUGAAUCACUUCUUUGUUUGAGGUACUUAGCCCUUAGAGCUUGGAAAAUGGAAUUCAUUCCACCAUCUAUAGCCAAGCUCUCACAUUUGGAAACCUUUCGUCUAUAUUCUCACCAGAUGGUUUCAUUGCCAGAUAGCAUCUGGAACAUGAAGAAGUUGAGGCAUGUACAUGUAAGGCAUGGCGUCGUUAUUCCUUUCUCUUCCAAUGACAAUGUUGUUGAAAACCUCUCUACUUUACCUAAUUUAGACACACUCUCUACUCUGCGUCUUUAUCUUGAUAAAGAAGGAGAGAAACUGUUGAGAAGGAUUCCCAACAUUCGCCGACUUAAAAUUUUCCAUUUGGGGGAUCAAAACAGAGUAUGCUGCAACAUGAGUCGACUAGAAUGCCUAGAGUCAGUCACCUUAGGGGGCUUCUGCCUCUUAGGCUCAGUGGAACAUGUUGAGCUUUCUUUUCCCAUGAAUUUGAAAGAGUUGAGUCUUGAAGCUCUGGGUCUUCCCUGUAGAGAAAUGUCAUUGAUUGAACAACUACCCAAUCUUGAAGUCCUCAAAUUAAGAGUCCAGUCAAUGGAGGGCCGAAAAUGGGAGCUGAUGGAAGGAGGAUUACCUAAACUCAGGGUCUUGACUUUGAAAUGUGUAGCGAUUGUUGAGUGGAUAGAGACAGACCCUGACAGUGAUGAUUACUUCCCGUGCCUUCAGCAAUUAGAACUCGACGGAAUUUCUUAUUUGGAAAUGAUGCCUGCUUGUUUAGGGCGUAUAUCAACUCUUGAAACAAUUAAUGUGAGUUUUUGCGGAGAUGGCGUCAAAUCUUUAGUACGGGAAAUUGAAGAAGCACAGAAAUAUAAUGGAAAUGAGAAUCUGAAGAUCAUUUAUAGAAAAUAUUGAAGGGCCUCAGCUGGUGCAAAUAUCAGGGAGUGCUACGGUACGUAGCAGUUUUUCUUCGAGAUUGUAAUUGGUCAUCUGUAUGAUCUGGCUUUUUCUGGUGCUUUUGUGGAAGAUUGAGGUAAAAAUCGAAAGGAUCGAUGGCCUCGAUAGAACUCCUGCGUUUUGUGCGGGCAAGGAAUCUAAACACAUAAUUAGGAGCGUCCUGAAGCCCCAUGUCUUUGGAUGGCUACAUCUUUUCCUAUCAAUUCCCCUUCUUUGGGUGGCUCAAUUAGAUUUCAUUAGUUGGCUAAAUUUUGGUUGUAAAAAAUUCUCAACUGUUAACCGCUUUAAUGUUCUUCGGUUUCCUCAUUUUCCCGUUGUCGGUUGGGUUCUAUGGUACGAUAGGAAUAAAUUUUUGUUUGAUUGUAAGUAUUAAAGAUUUGCAAGUUUAUGU